AUGUCUCUCGUCGUACCCGAAGCCCACCAGCAAUUCCAGCACAUUCUUCGUCUCCUCAACACCAACGUUGAUGGCCGAAUCAAAAUCAUGUUUGCCCUUACCCAAAUUCGUGGUGUCGGUCGACGAUUGGCAAACGUUGCCUGCAAGAAGGCUGAUGUCGAUUUGAACAAGCGUGCCGGAGAGUUGAACCCCGAUGAGCUUGAACGAAUUGUUACGAUCAUCCAAAACCCGGCCCAAUUCAAAAUCCCUGCCUGGUUCCUCAACAGACAACGGGACAUCGUUGACGGUAAAUCUUACCAAGUCCUUUCCAACGGAUUGGACAGCAAGCUCCGUGAAGACUUGGAGCGACUGAAAAAGAUCCGAGCUCACCGUGGGUUGAGACAUUACUGGGGUUUGAGGGUCAGAGGUCAACACACCAAAACCACUGGACGACGUGGAAAGACCGUCGGUGUAUCCAAGAAGAAGUGA